AUGAAUGAUGGGACUGAUGCAGUCGAAGCUUUAGAAGUAGUUUCUUUAUUGGCUCAAACAAAGCAAAAUGUUAACACAACUUACUCCCCAUGGUCUGCCCUUGCUGAAGUUAUCUCAAGGUUACAACCUCUUGUGUGUUUUCUAGCUGAGGGGACCGCUUCUGUGCAAGAUAAGGAAAUUGAAGUUCUAUCCAGGCUUUGUGGAGAGAAACCUGUUGUUGUAGGUGACUUGUUGGUGUCAAAUUUGAGAGCAAUAGGUGCAUCGAGUAACAGGAUACUAAAAUCUACCAGUCUAAUUCAAGCUUAG